AUGAACGGCAACAACUGGCAACAGUCUGACGACGACAAUGAAGACUCGUUUCAACAGACCACUGACACUGACGGGGAUCAGCUUGAUCGGGACAUUGCGGAGUACCACGUAAACCAGGAGAAUCGCCAGAGGCACAACCCCGACUGGUGGGGGACAAGGCACCCGUACCCAGAUAUUGGAGAUCCCGAUCGAGAGUUUAUCUAUGCACGGAACGUUCCCAUCUCUGAUGAAGAGGUUGAUGAUGCCGUUGCAGCAUACAACAAAGUCGCUACGAACCAAGGCACAGAGAAAUUCAACACCCUUGGCGUCUCCAUGAGGCCGACUACCCCUCCCAUGGAGCGGGCCAAGAAGCAGGUGGAGGGCCUAGCUGAGCAAGGCUUUGAGGUCACUACGGCACUGAGAGAUGAGAUUUACGAGAAAUACACUCGGGACAGCGGCCUCAUUGCUGCUCUACAAGAGUACUGCAGGAACGGGGAUGACGUCCCCAACGCCCACGCCAACGAGCUGCUCAAGAUGCUGGACCGCCUGAAAGCCCUCUUCGCCGAGGAGAUGGACAAAUCAAGCAAACAACUCCAGGAUCUGCGCGACAACUUUGAUGAUUACAAAAAGUCCAAAGAGGAGCGGGUGGAGAUGCUUGAAGAGAAACUCAGUGAAUCAGAGACUAAGCUCGCCGAAGCCAAAGACAAGCUAGAGUCUAAACACAGUGAAUUGGACAAGAUUCAACAGCAAGGCGGCAUGGAUUCGACAAAGCAGGCCAAUGGACUUUCUCAGUUAGAGGAGAAGGUAGCCCGCCUCCUCAAGGAAAAGGCUGUGCUCCAAUCCAAGAUUGUCAUGUACGAGGCUGGCAAAACCCGUAAGGAGGUGGAGAGCGUUGCUGGAGAUGAAUUCAGGGUGUCUGACGAGCACACGGCCGACCUGAUUGCGGCCGAAGACCGUGCUAAAACAGCAGACCGGGAUCGUCAAGCCGACAACCACUUUCACCAAGAGUUCUACGAGGUCAUGAAGGAGAAAGUGAAGUCCUGGGAAGCCAAGGCUACCACCGCCGCCAACGAAUCGAAUCAAUAUGGGUAUAUGUCGAGUGACGCAGUGCAACUUCUUCAAGAGGUGGCCCACGAUUUGGAUGGGAUGGUUCUGGAGUUUCAGAGAGGCUGGCCACCGGCUUACGAGGCAUUCAACGAUGGUCAGAUACAACGAGACAGCGUCACCAAAGAUGCUCUGGAAAGAUCCAGCAAAGGGCUGAAAGAGAAGUAUGAAGAGAACCAACAAGAUAUUCAAAAACUAGCACGACAGGAAACUGAAUUGAUGGAGGAGCUCGAGGAUGUUAAUAAGCUGAUAAAGAAAAAGGAGGAGAAAACCAAAGAACUCGACAAGUUGAUCAAAAAACUUGAGGAGGCAGAAGAGCAAGUUGAAAGACUCAGGGCCAAGGCAAACGCGGGCAGCCCUGCGCCAUCUCCGCCAGAAGAUUUGCAGAAACUAAGGGAAGAACUAAACAUCCACAAGGACUGGCUGGCGGAGAAAGAUGAUGAUAAUAUUGACCUCCGGAAAGCAAAUGAGACGCUGACGGGUCAGGUGAAGGAGCUUGAGAGGAGAAAGGAGGAACUGGGAAAACAACACAAGGAGAACCAGAACGAGAUCAAGAAGCUCCAGACGGAGAGAAUGAACCUCAUAGAAGAAAAUACUGGGUUAAGGAGGGAGCGGGAUGACCUCAGAGCCGACAUCAAGAAGGUCGGGGGUGAGAAGGAGGAGCUGGAGAAGGAGAAGAAGCAACUCGAGUCGGAACGAGCGACUAACCAAACUGAGCUUAAGAGGCUCCAAAGCGAAAAGGAUAAGCUGGAGAAGCUCCGACAAGACGACUCCCAGAGACUCAAUGAGUGUAUAGAAGCGGAACAGAAGAAGACGGGGAACCUCCAGGUCGACGCCAAGAAGCUUGACGACCUUCGAAAGGAAGUGGCACAGUUGGAAUCGCAGCAUGCAACCGAUCAAGACGAUUUGGAGAAGGUCAGAGCCGAUAACAGAGGUCUGACCAAGGAGAGGGACGAUCUCAAGCAGAGUCUUGAAAAGAAACUCGAGGAGGCAAAGGGUCUUCAGCAGGAGAAGAAGCAGAUGCAGGUCGACUGCAAGGAGCAAAAGCGGCAACUCGAGAGGAAUAUUGACAACCUACAAAAAAGCCAUGACGCCAAGGAACAGGAAGUGGAAGAGCUCCGCCAGCAAGGGGACUCCAACUACCUGUCCGCCGACGCGCUCAUCAGGGCCGCCGCCAGGGCAGUUAGAACGGCCGGCAGGCCCGACGACGACCAAACCCCUACCCUGGGAGGAGGCGAGAUGUCGCUCAUGGACCGGAUCAAUUACCUCAACCUGUCCGUCUUCCUGCGGACACGCAACUACGUCGAGCUCGCCCUCCGCGAAGGGUGCAACAGGCUGGCAAACAUGCUCAUCCACGACGCCAACAAAUGGGCCGAGCAGUGCAGAGAGGAUCUCUCCAAGAUGAACCCCAGUGUCAACAACCAGGUCCGAGCAUCCAUGUACGUCCUCAAUGGCCUCAAAAGGGUCAUGGUCGCCAAGGACAUGAACGAGAUCAGCAAGGGGGCACGGGAGUUCAAGUACGGGAAGAAGCUACUCACCAGGGAAGACGCUGACCGGGCCACAUUUGGCCAGCUCAUCGAUCUCGCGGGCAGCUUGGUCGAAUGGCUGGACAGACUCAACAUCUCGCAUGAUAAUCCCGAGAUGCGUCGAGGUCUGCAAGCUGACAAGGUGUCUUGGAGGAAGAACAUAGAGUUUGUCGUUAGGAGACGGGCCAAGCUUCAGAGUGGAUUGAGAAAUGAUCCAAACAUGAAGGCCAAUGCUUUGCGUCGUACCGGCCUUCAUUCCCCCUUGACCCCAGAGAGGUGGGAUGAUGAUGUUGGUCUCGAGGAAGAUCUCGGCGACGAUGAAGUCGUGUCCCGAAGACGAGGUUCAGAAUACGGUAACUGA